AUGAGGCCUCACAUCAGCGCUGUGAGCAACAAAUUGCAUGGUGUUGUCAAGGCAUCGACUGAUGCAAGCGAGCCGCAUGUCACGGCGAAGGAAUCGGCUCUGGAGAAUUCAAGCGCUCCACCAGCAUCUUUCUCCCACGGCACCCAAAUGCAUGCUCCAGCAGAUCUAGACGCUCGUAUCGAAGAGGUUCUGAGCCGCAUUCUCCCAGGAGCUUUAGCGAAAUACCUUCAGAUGGCUUCGACUCAAACGCUAGCCAAUUUCCUCAAAACCAACCAGUCAAGUCAGACACCUAUCCAACCCCCCAAGCCUGCGACUACAGCAGGCAAUAAGCAGCCUCUCACAACCGGUCACAGUACUGAUGCGCCUAUAGAAACUCUGAAUACUACCUCUCCCUUAGACACCUCGCAAGUACACUACGACUCCAUUCCUGACCUGCGGAAAUUGAUAUAUGACACUCAUGCUGAUAACCUGAUCAUCGAGAACAUCACCGAUGACUCUGAUUUAUUCCAGUGCGGACUCGACUCAUUGCAAGUGCCGGGACUGUUGAAUGCACUCAAUGCGUUUGUCAUCAAGUUCAGGCCAGGUGUGGAUCUCAUUGAGGCCAAGGCUGUAUACGAUAAUCCGACAGUGAACAAGUUGAUGUCGAUUCUACGGUAG